CAAGAAACCUCAACGUUUUCAUCUUUUUAUUUUGAGCGUGAAGUAAUCAGUAAAAGAAAGAGACCUGCUCGGAACGAUGACAUUGGCGAGGAUUCAUAUGAUAAAGUAGUUUCUAUUUUCAACUACCCAGGUAGAGGUAAAGGAGCUGCGACUUACCGUUACAUCGUGGGCGGAGAAAUGAAAAUUGCACAUACUUACAUCCUCAUGAAUUGUCCAGAAAUCUUACCAUUUUAUAAUGAAUUUAGAGCGUCUUUAUCAGCAUUUCCUGAUGAUGCAAUUGAUGCAAUGGUGGACUCUGACUUUGCAUUAUGGUACCAACAGCAGAUCAGGUACCGUGGGAUUAACGACCCUCUGUUAGUAUCAUUAUCGUGGGGCCCUUCUUCCUAUGCAAAGGUUUGGCAUUCAUAUGUGAUAAACGGUUAUACGUAUCACACAGUUGAAUAUGGAGAAGGUCGACCAACAAUGAACAGCGGGUUAUGUGUCCCGACCAUCGGUUCUGAUAACUCGGAAACCAAUUUUUUUGGUUUCUUGCAUGAGAUUCUCGAACUUCAAAUGCCUUCUGGUUUGCAAGAAUUAACAUGCGUGUUGUUUCGCUGCACAUGGGUCGACCCU